AUGCCUAGUAUUCGCACAACACCCGUGAAGGCCAUUCUGGCACUAUUGGCGUGCAGUUCAUGCUCACUUGCACUACAGAUCCCUCGCCACGCGACAAUUGCCUCACGAGAUGCGAUUGCCGCGAAUGAUUAUGACUUUGUCAUUGCCGGUGGAGGUGUCUCGGGUCUUACCGUCGCCGAUCGGUUGACCGAAGACCCAAGCAUCAAUGUUCUUGUCAUCGAGACCGGACCAUUUGACAAGGAUGAAGACAGCGUCCUCAUUCCGGGUGCCUUCUUCCCCGUUCCGUAUCUUUGGCCCAACUUGAACAGCGCGCCACAGUCUGCGCUGAACAACCGGACCUUCUCGGUUCCCGCUGGACGCGUUGUCGGCGGCGGUUCAGUCGUCAACGGCAUGGUCUUUGUGCGCGGUGGAAAGACGGAGUAUGCGGCCUGGGAGAAGUUGGGCGCCAAGGGCUGGGGAUGGGACGACCUAUUGCCUUACUUUCGGAAAAGCGAGAACUUGACGACCCCGCCUAAGGACUUUGCUGACGCUGCAAACAUAUCGUGGGUAGAGUCGGCUCACGGCCACAGCGGACCUGUCCACGCUUCGUAUCCCAAUUAUUACUUCCCCGGAGCCGAAAACUUCUGGCAAGCCGCUCUAGAAAGCAGCCUCACUCCCUCCCCGGAUCCCAACGCGGGUGACCGUGCCGUGGGUCUCUUCAACUUCCCCACCCUCGCCGACGCCACCACCCGGACCCGUAGCCAUGCCCGGAUCAACCACUAUCAGCGUGUCAAGGACUCGCGUCCUAACUACCAUAUCUUGGCCGAGCACACCGUAUCCAAGGUACUGUUCGAAGGCAAGCGGGCAGUCGGUCUCGAGUACCUGCCUUCAGCUGGUGGUGAGCGCCUCGAGGUCUACGCGAAGAAGGAGGUCCUCCUCGCUGCCGGGGCACUUCAUACGCCCCAAAUUCUACAGCUUUCUGGCAUUGGCUCAAAGAAGUUCUUGAAGACCUUUGGAAUCUACAUGGUCGCUGAUCUGCCUGGGGUCGGCGAGAACUUUAUGGAUCAGGGUGAACUCAAGGUCCCCUUCACCUUCGAGAACAAUAUCUUCCCCAACUCUGGUGCUCUAGAUACCAACGGAACAUACGACGCUGAACAGCGCGCCCUUUACGACGCCAAAAAGCAGGGAGCGUACACCAUCGUCAGAACCCUGAGCACUAACCUAGCUGUAUCGCCCCUCGCAAACACAACCUCAUCCUGGCGCGACAUCCUCGCCACCGCAAAAUCUCACAACCCCACUGAGUACCUCGCCCAAGACACACCUUCCUCAGUCCAAGAAGGCUACAAAAUACAGCGAGAAAUCGUCCUCGACCAACUGGCAGGGCAAGACGUGCCCCUCGGCAUGGUCCACUGGGGCACCGGCAACAGCAUUACACUCUACUUCCUCCGGGCACUGAGCCGCGGAUCGGUAAAGAUUAGCUCCACGGAUCCGCUCCAGCAGCCUGUCAUUGAUUUUCGCACCGCUUCUGAUCCGACUGACUUGGACCUCGCUGUGGCUUUGUUCGAGAAAGGGAAGCAGAUUAUGUCUGCGCCAGCGAUGAAGGUCCUUGGGCCUAAGAUGGCGGCACCGUAUGACGCCGCUUCCAAGGAGGAUAUGAAGAGAUUGCUGGCUGCUAACAUGUCGCCUUCAAAUGCGCACUCGUGUUGCACUGCGGCUAUGGUGCCUAAGGAUAAAGGAGGUGUGGUGGACACGGAGAUGCAGGUUUAUGGGAUCAAGGGGUUGAGGGUUGUUGAUGUUAGCUAUUGGCCCAUGGUGUUGACUGCUGCGCCGACGGCGACGACGUAUGCUUCAGGAGAAAAGAUUACUGCCAGCCUCACUAGGGCAUUCAGAGUCGCUGGAUUCAGCCGUGAUAACCUCCUUUUCACCCGCUUCGAUUUGAGCCCGAUGGAUAUCCCUGAUGUUCGCGAACUUCGUGUUGGGAUCGAUUUGAACAGUCUUCCUCUUCUUCACUGCAGCGUUGGUAACUUGAGCCCUCAGGUGAGCUAG